GACACCCGAAAAAUGCGUCCGAUGUGUGCGAAAACAGUGACCCUCUCAAAGUUCGAAUCGUUUUCGAAAUGACGAACCCGAUGUCCCGUGCCCAUUACCCAUCCCCACCUGACAUUAGCAUCUUAGUAGGAGGUUGGGGUUCGCGCCACGUACAAACUCGCUUCAACUUGCUUCAACUUAGGAGGUUGGGGUUCCUCUGCUGUUAGUGUCAUUGUGUAUCCCGCACUUCCUAAGAAACCCUCUUCAUAAUUUAGGGCAAAUGCCGUUUGCUCCUCUUCUGUCUGAUUUGAUCGAAAGCCGCCAUCCCAUCCGCGGGGAGUUUUGAGGCGCCUCAAAAGCAAUCCCAUCCGCGGGGAGCGACUGCGAGUUCCGAGGUGGCCUUUGAUUCGGGCAACGAUUAACUGCCCAUGGAGAGCGAGCGCGAGAAGCGGAAGCGGGAAUGGGCGGCGAAGUCCUUAGCGGAGGCGGAGGAGCGGCGAGUGCGGAAGGCGGUUCGCGCGGCGCUGAUCAAAGCGGAGAGCGCGAGAAGCGGGGAGGAGUGUCGACUGCUGGAAAGCAACGCUCGGAUUGCCCGUGAGAUAUCUCAAUCACUGGAGAAGUCGAAAGAACGGCAGCAGCAGAAGAAAGAGCGGCUGCAAGAGAAGGAGGACCCACCAGAGCAAGUGGAGGCGAAGAUUCAGCAGCUGCUGCGGCUCAUUCUGGAGUGCGGGAGAGCUCCAGCUAUCGCAAAUGGUGCACACGAAACUGUUGCAAACCGCAGUGCUUCAGAUCACCUCCUUAAAAGGGACAAGGAUGCUGUAUCUACAGUACAGCUAUCUAGAGUCACAGGAUGUACAGUAACAGCGUCAACGCUAACUCCUUCUAGAGUUAUGGGGGGGUUAGUGAUCCAUACGGGCGCAGGUUUGAGCACAGCAGCAGGCAUUCCGGAUUUCAGAGGGCCCAAAGGGGUUUGGACGCUGCAGGGGGAGGGAAGGUGGGAGGAAGCUGCGGCAGCCAUGGGGAGAAGGUACGAGGAAGCUUCACCCACGGAGGGGCACAUGGCGGUGGCAGCAUUGGUGCGGGCGGGGAUAGUGGCACACGUGGUUACACAAAACGUGGACGGCCUGCAUCUGAGAAGCGGCGUUCCGUCUGACCGAAUGUCUGAGCUGCAUGGGUCGGUGUAUCGGGAGAGGUGCCGGGAGUGUGGGGCUCGGUACCUGCGCCCCUUUGAUGUCACCGCUGCUAGAGGGUCGUCCUACCACCGCCAUAAAACCGGUCGGGCUUGCACUGCUGUGGUUGGUGGUGGCGCUGCUGGUAAUGCAACUGCUCUUGCUGCUGCUCGUGAUGCUGCUGCUGAUGGUGCUGCUGUUGGUGACGCUUCGAAGUCGGCCUCUCUUGGUGUGGAACUAGCAGCUAGGAAAGAGUGCAAGCAGGAAGAGGAGGGAAGAGAGAUGGACGACGAGGAUAGGAAGCAGCAGAGAGUGCCAGUUGUUCUGAAACCAAGCGGUCCUACAGUGGUGGAAGGUCGAAUGCCUACCGGAGGAGGCAGAGUGAAAGAGGAAGUCAGGGAGGUGGAGAGUGAGGGAAGGAAAGAGCGUGAGUGUGGAGGAGGGGUGCUUGGAAGAGGGGAAGAUGGGGAGGAUAAAGAGGAGAAAGAGGACAGAGGGGUUAACCAGGGUUAUGCGAAGAUGUGCUAUAGUGGAGAGAGUGGUGGGAGAGGAGGAAAGGAGGAGAAGCAUGCGGUGAUGAGAGUGUGUGAGGGCAGGGAAGUGUGGGAAGAGGAGCAGGGGAGGGACGGGAAGCAAGAGGAUAGGCGGAUGUGUGGAGGGGAGUUCGUGGAUUCGAUCGUGCAUUUCGGGGAGAGGAUAGACGACGAGGAGGAGGAAGGAAAGGAGAUGAAGUAUGAGGGCAGCACAGUGGCUGUGGGGCGUGUCAAGGGUGAAAACAGGGGAGUGUGUGAGGGCAACAGAAGCGUGUGUGGAGGCGAGUUGGUGGAUUCGAUUGUGCAUUUCGGGGAGAGGAUAGACGAGGAGGAGCUGAGGAGGGCGACAGAGGCCAGCUCAGGAGCGCACGUGGCUCUCUGCCUGGGCUCAUCCUUCAAGGUCCCUCCAGCCAGCAAGCUCCCUCGCCUGGCCGCCCAUCUGGUCAUCAUCAACCUCCAGCGCACGUCUCUCGACCGCCAUGCGCGCAUCGCCAUCCGAGCGCGCAUCGACUCCGUGCUCCCCCGCCUGCUGCACCUGCUGCACCUCUCCCUACCCGCCUACUGCAGGCAAUCCGACCCUCUCCUCUCCCUCCCUCCUUCACUCAACCCCACUCCACUUCCUUCUCCUGCUGUGCUCCAUUCACCACCACCACCGGAGCCAUCCUCAUUCGAAGCACGCUGCGUGAAGGUCCCUACGGGCAGCAACGAGAGUAAACUGCCCAGCGGCAGUGAAGAUGGCGACGCCAGGCCCAUCCUCUUCUUGCACAAAGCAGCAAAGAAUAAAGGCAAGAGGAAGACGCAGAGAGCCAGGUCCUCGUUUCCCCGGCCCACUGUGUAAGCAGAAAGAGCAGACUUAACGCCUCUCUCCGGAGCAAUAUUCCGAGCGCUAGGGGGGUGGGGGACAACGCCAGGCCGAUUCUCUUCUUGCAAAGAGCAGCAAGGACCAAGGGGAAGAGGAAGAGGCAGCGAUCGAGAACCUCAAUUCCCCGCCCUGCCAUGUGGGCAGCAAGGGAGCAGAGCAGACUCAGGCAGGCUCAUUUAUCUCGUUGCACUAGGCAGCAAGGUGCGAAGGUAACUUUUGAGUUGACUCAAAAGUCUUGGCACUGGGCAGCUAGGUGCGAAGGUCUUAGGGGAAGAAGUGUGACCUCAACGUGAUUGUCGUCAUUUUUAUUAUUGACUCAAAUGCGACAGUGAUGGAACCUCCCUGUGAAAAGCACCCUUGUAGUGGCUGUUUUCUACA